GGUAUUUGGAUUCAUAGUGACAGCUCAGCAUUUCAAAUAACUUUUAAGAUUACAGUGUUACAGAUUUUGGGUAAUACCUUAAUUCUAUAGUUUAUCAUUUUGACGAACUUCAGAACAUAAGUAUCACAAAUAACACAAUGACCUGAAUGACAUAUAUUGGACAUGGCAUUACUCAGGAGUUAGUUUGGGAAAAGAGUACAUUUUGUUCAUGUCACUGGAACUAAUUGUGUAACUGGAAGCACUACUACCUUGAGUGCUAGGUGCAUUGAUGAGACGCGUGAUAUAUUGUAGUGGUGCCCAGCAUUUGUCUUUCGAAGACCUUGCAAGUCAAGAGAGUACAUUGUGUUUGUGAAAUUUUGACUUGUCACCAUGAAAUUGUCACUAUCAAUCUGAAUACUAUUUACUAUGAUUGUUUAAGUCCUGAAACAAAGUUUUCACUGUAUUUAUCCAUUACUGGUGAUAAAAUUGUCUAGCGUGAAAUAUAUGCCUAUUUUCACUAUUUUGCAUUCAUUUAUGAUGGGGGGUAGAAUGUUCCUCUUAUUGACAUAAGUCUAUGUGGCAAUUCUGAAUCUGUGACCUAUGUAAUGCUUGCGAUUUGGUCGAAUUUGUACAGCAACAAGAGCAUGACAGCUCGUUCGUUUAAAAAAAAUCACGUGACCCUGAGCGAAAGGGAUGCUUGAAGGUUUGCUCCGCUCUGGGCAUUAGCCAAACUUGAACUUUUCUCAAAAUUGCUUAGGCAUUGUCACUUAAAAUGUGUUGGUAAUAUGUCUAGUUCAAAAAGUGAUAAGGAUUUUCCACUUUUCUCAUCAACCCGCUCUCAAUCUGGGAAGAAAAGAAUAACGACGCAAGUGGUUAAUGAGAGCCAAGCUACCGAGGCUAUUUCGGCGCAGACAACUAGCCUAGCAACCCUGCAGCAAAUUUUGUCGGAGGUCAAGUCUGUGGCUAGUCGACUCCCUAAACGAUAUAAAAAUGUCGGUUUCCUCAUUAGAAAACUCCUUCUCAAACCUAAAAAACCGAGUGACCGACUUAGAGACGCUCAUAGAGGAAGCCGAGAGCUGAAGUCCCCGCACGGAGGACAGCCGCGACCGCCAUAAUAUCCAGCUAACGAACAUGCAGAAAACCGUAGAACAGCUGCUGUUAAAAGCUGACGACCUGGAGAAUCGGGGACGCCGCAAAAGUUUGAAGAUUAUCAGUCUUGACGAGAAAGCCAAAAGUACUACCCCUGUCGUGGAAUUUCUUAAAUCAAUGAUUUCGACCUGGGUCGGACUCCCGGCAGGUCGCCCUCCCCCCGCUGGUAAUCGAACGAGCAUAUCGAAUCCUGACUCCCACACCGACUCCGAAUCGACCACCAGAGUUCUUAGAGCAGCGCUGAAAAAGCCUGACAUCGUUCACGGAGGAUCUAAACUACGUUUCCUCCCAGAUCUGUCUGCAGAUGUUUUACGGAGGAGGAAAGAUUUGGACAGCGUGGGUAAGGCGAUGAUUCGUAUGAACAUCUACCGGGGCUUUGCCUAUCUUGCACGUCUCAGGUGCCUUCAUGAUGGUCGGAUCCGUCUUUUUGACGACCUCGAAUCUGCAGCGGCUUUUCUAGAAACGAUAAAGUGACUUGCCUCAUUUCUUUCCAAUUCGUUGACAAAAUGAAAGUACUUCAAGAAGAGAACGUGAAAAAUACACGCCAAGCGCAGGUGAUCAAGAGAGCGGCCCCCGGCAGGUGCCCGUUCUUACACGUCCGCAACCUGAUCGACGGUUCAGACUGUCAGGACACUUUGCAUCAUAAAGCUGUCAAGAAUCAGCUGUGUACAUCAAAAGUAUGUGAGAAUUCCAAAAUGACACCCAAGUCCCUGGUGGUGGGGCCGCAGAAAUGCCCCGUGUCCCAAAACGACAUCCUAGUGCAAGCCAUUGACUUCAUCAACCAGUACUACCACUCUCAGAAAAUUGCCAAACCUGAAGACCAUCUUGCUCGUGUGGAAGCUGUUGUCAAGGAGAUAGAUGCCACAGGAACCUAUCAGCUGACCAUGGAAGAGCUGGUGUUCGGGGCCAAACAAGCAUGGCGAAACGCCCCGAGAUGCAUUGGCAGGAUCCAGUGGUCGAACUUGCAGGUGUUUGAUGCGCGAAAGUGUAGCACAGCCCGAGAAAUGUUCGACUUCCUGUGCAGGCACAUAGAAUUCGCCACGAACGGAGGGAACUUGAGGUCUACAAUUACGAUUUUCCCCCAGAGAGGGGAUACAAAGCAUGACUUCAGAGUGUGGAACAGUCAGCUGGUGCGGUAUGCUGGGUACCACAUGUCGGACGGGAGUAUUCUAGGCGAUCCAGCCAACACUGAGUUUACAGAGCUUUGCAUCCAGCUGGGGUGGACACCAAAAUAUGGCCGCUUUGAUGUGCUGCCUCUGGUCCUGCAAGCUAACGGUGAAGAUCCUGAGGUCUUUGAAAUUCCUCCAGAGCUCGUCCUGGAAGUCUCAAUGGAGCAUCCUCAGUAUGAGUGGUUUGGGGACCUGCAGCUGAGGUGGUACGCUCUCCCCGCCGUCUCCAACAUGUUAUUGGAGGUGGGGGGCCUGGAGUUUCCUGCCUGUCCCUUCAAUGGCUGGUACAUGGGCACGGAGAUCGGGGCGCGGGACUUCUGUGACCCCCAGCGCUACGACAUGCUGGAGACUGUUGGCAGCAAGAUGGGCCUGGAGACAGACAACCCCUCCUCGCUCUGGAAGGACGUGGCCUUAGUAGCCGUCAAUAUCGCUGUCAUGCACAGCUUCCAGAAGCAUAAUGUGACCAUCACGGACCAUCACUCCGCCAGUGAGUCCUUCAUAAGACACAUGGAGACUGAGUUCCAGCUGCGGGGGGGCUGCCCGGCUGACUGGACCUGGCUGGUUCCACCCAUGUCCGGCUCCAUCACACCUGUCUUCCACCAGGAGAUGGUCAACUACGUCCUGUCACCUUUCUUUUACUAUCAGCCAGAUGCCUGGUUAACACACAACUGGAAAAAUAACGUGUGGAGAAAAGGGAAACUCGUGUCUUUCAAAGGACUAGCCAGAAUGGUACUCUUCUGCUCCACGGUGAUGCGGCGCUUCAUUGCUCAGAGGGUGCGGUGUACUGUAAUUUACGCUACAGAGACAGGCAAAUCACAGUCCUUCGCCAAAAAACUCAACUCGAUGCUGAACAGUGCCUUCAAUUCCAGGGUGCUGUGCAUGCAUGAGUAUAACAUCACUGACCUGGAGAAAGAGUCCUUUCUGGUUGUGGUAACCAGCACCUUUGGCAAUGGAGAAUCCCCAGAGAAUGGAAAGAGCUUCUGGAAGCAUCUUUAUGCCGUGCCGUGCCUUAGAAACAAAUUCAGGUACUGUGUGUUUGGCCUGGGCUCCCGCAUGUACCCACAGUUCUGCGCUUUCGCCCGGUCUGUGGACACCAAGCUUGCGGCUCUUGGGGCCAAGCGCUUGACAUGCAUGGGAGAGGGCGAUGAGCUGAGCGGACAGGACAAAGCCUUCAUCAUCUGGGCCAAGAAAGCCUUCGCGGAUGCCUGCCAGGAAUUUGGAAUCAGUACCCAGCUGGAUAUCCGGCUGCCAGGGAUGGACCAGCACACUGAUGACUGGGACCCAAGGAGAUACCAGCUGCAGCACAAAAAAUCCUCCCAAGACCACAUCACCGCCCUCUCAGCCAUCCACUCCAAAAAAAUUCUCCCCAUGAAGCUGAAGAGAAGGCAGAACCUCCAGAGCUCUCAGUCAAGCCGUGCCACUAUUCUGGUGGAGCUGGAGAGUGACGGCAGCGCAGAGGGCAUGCAGUACCUGCCCGGUGACCACGUUGGGCUUUUCCCGGGGAACUCGACGCAGCUGGUCACUGGCAUCCUUAAGCACGUUGCCGACGCGCCUCCCAGCAGCCAGAGUGUGCAACUUCAGUAUCGAUCGGGCACAAGUGCAAAUGGAGACGAAGGCUGGCAGGCCAACGACCAUAUCCCAGCAUGCACUCUGUCCCAGGCACUGACCUACUUCCUGGACAUUACCACGCCCCCUUCGCAGAAUCUUCUUCACAAGCUGUCUCAGCUGGCAGGCCAAGAGGGUCAUCGGCAGAGACUGUUAAAGCUAUCUCAGGACGCUGAGGAGUACAAUUCCUGGAAAGCAUUUCACAAGCCUACCUUCUUGGAGGUUCUGGAGGAAUUCUCUUCCUUAGAGCCCCCGGCGACUUUCCUGCUCAGCCAGCUGCCUCCUUUAAAGCCCCGCCUCUAUUCCAUAAGCUCCUCCCCUGAACUCAACCCCAGGGAGAUCCAUCUUACUGUGACUGUGGUCAACUAUCAUACGCAAGAUGGACAAGGUCCAAUGCAUCACGGUGUCUCCAGCACCUGGCUGAACACCAUCAAGGAGGGAGACAUGGUGCCUUGCUUUAUCCGCAGCUCCAGUGAUUUUCACCUCCCAGUGGAGCCCAGCUCUCCAGCCAUCCUAGUGGGGACGGGCAGUGGCAUCGCCCCCUUCAGGGGCUUUUGGCAACAGCGGCUGUAUGACACGCAAACUAAAGGUGUGAGAGGUGCACCCAUGACACUAGUGUUUGGUUGCCAAAGUUCAGACAAAGACCACAUCUACAAAGAGGAAACCCAGCAGAUGAUGAAGAAUGGGGUGCUCAAUGACGUCUUUCCUGCAUAUUCUCGUGAAUCUGGCCACCCUAAGAUGUACGUUCAAGAUGUCUUGAGGGAAAGGUUGGAACGGGAAGUGGUGAGGGUCCUGCACUGGGAACAGGGACAUCUCUAUAUCUGUGGGAAUGGAAGGAUGGUCCAGGAUGUAACCAACACAGUGCAGGACAUCCUGGCAAAGCAGCUGGAAUUGAAUCCCUCCGCUGCUGUGGAAUACAUGACCCAGCUUAAGUUCGAGAAGAGGUUCCAUGUAGAUGACUUUGGGGCAACCAUUCGGACAUAACAGAAGUUAAAUUGUGAUCAGGCUUCGCAACGAGUCUAGAGAGCGGCGCAAACUUGGAGUCAAGGGAUGGAGUCUCAGUGUUAUGGUCUGAACUUCAAGUUAAUGGCUCACUUUGUGGAAAUACAUUCCUCUGCCAGUCUUCUGUUUAUACAACAGAUAGCUGUUGCCAGCCAAAAUGCCAAGUGGACGCUGUGUGAGGGAGGAACAAGCAUAAGGGAACAGUUCCAGGCGUCACAGGCUGUGAAAAUUAUUUACAGUUCAAUUUCAAGUGAGAAAAAUAUGUGCCGAUUGUGCAGUGAUUUUGUUCUCUUUGAUUACAUGGAUGUAAUUUCAUCUUGGUCAUUUAAAACCUGUUCCUGUUCCUUUUUUGUGCUUUUGUGCAUUCACUAUCUGAUUAUACAAUCUCUGUUUAUACAGUUUUAUGUUUCUGUACAUGAAAAAUGGACACACUGCAAUUUAUUGCCCUUCAUAGCUUGCUGAUAAUCUCACUGUGUUGUAUCCUUAAAUAGAACAUUUUAAGCACUGUUUCUAGAAUUUUUUAAAGGUUUUAGUAACAAAAUAAACCAGUAUAUUACUUAUUAGUGCAUGAUUAGGGCUCAUUUAACAAUAGUAUCAUACUAUAUGAUUUAUUGUAAAACUUGGUAUGUGUCCAAUUUGUAAAUAAUUUUAAUGUUACCUACUGAUGAAGUAAAAAUAAACAUUUAAAAGCUGAA